AUGUCGCAAUACGAAGUGAACGCAGACCUCCUCCCCAUCACAAUUUCCGCAAAUAACUUCACUCCAACGCCCAGUGCUUCACGGUCUGAUCUCCUCUACUCCACUAUCGAAGCCACCAUCCAAGAUGUGCAAACUCGAUCUGUGCUUCAUCGCCCAGAACUCAUUGAAAUUACGGGUAUUACAAGACAAGAAGGUGAACGACUAUGGGACAGACUUGAAGAAAAUUUCGAGUCGGGUGGGAUUCGAAAGUGCUUUAAUUCACGCGCCAGAACUUUGAGUAUCAGGCUGUAG